AUGGCGGCGCUGCCCUACUUUGACGAGAUCGACCCCUCCGCCAUCGACGUCCUCCUCGUCACCCACUUCCACUUGGACCACGCCGCCUCGCUGCCCUACUUCCUCGAGAAGACGACGUUCAAGGGCCGCGUGUUCAUGACCCACGCCACCAAGGCCAUCUACAGGCUGCUGCUCUCGGAUUACGUCAAGGUCAGCAAGGUGUCGGUGGAGGACAUGCUGUUUGACGAGCAGGACAUCAUCCGUUCCAUGGACAAGAUCGAGGUCAUAGACUUCCACCAAACACUUGAAGUUAAUGGCAUACGCUUCUGGUGCUAUACUGCUGGCCAUGUACUUGGUGCUGCCAUGUUCAUGGUGGAUAUUGCCGGUGUUCGCAUUCUUUACACCGGUGACUACUCCCGUGAAGAAGACCGGCACCUAAAAGCUGCUGAGAUCCCCCAAUUCUCCCCUGAUAUUUGCAUUAUUGAGUCAACUUAUGGCGUGCAGCAACACCAACCCCGCCAUGUCAGAGAAAAGCGCUUCACUGAUGCCAUCCACAACACUGUUUCUCAAGGGGGGCGUGUUCUUAUCCCGGCAUAUGCUCUUGGUAGAGCACAUGAACGGUUUCUUAUCCUGGAUGAGUAUUGGUCUAACCACCUAGAGCUCCAUAAGAUUCCAUAUUAG